AUGACCACCAGCAUAGCUGCAGCCCAUGCCAACCUUCACUGCAGAGCUAAGCCUUCCGACGGAAAGGCCCACUGGAAGGCUUCUUCCCCAUCUGAUUUGUCCUUCAUGACAACUUUGCAAGGAGACUCGAUGAGGUAGCCUUUGAAUUGUUGUCUCUGUUGAUGGAAUGAAGAAACUCUUUACUGAAAAUAAUUCGUUUUGCUUCUUCAUAGUCUUUAUUUUUCUCUCAUCUUUGCCUCUUGAAUUCUUCAGGUUGUGCUCGUCGCAUGGGAGAUGGCCUCAAGCCCACCUCUGUCACAAGUAUGUUUCCAACCGAGCCGUUGUGGUGUCGAGUGCGAGAGCAGGCACCACCAAGUUCUUCGACUUCGUCAUCAUUGGCAGCGGCGUUGCUGGACUGAGAUACGCCUUGGAAGUCUCCAAACAUGGAUCUGUGGCUAUUAUUACCAAGGCCGAGCCUCAUGAGAGCAACACAAACUAUGCCCAGGGAGGGGUGAGUGCCGUCCUGUGUCCUUCGGACUCUGUAGAGAACCACAUGCGGGACACGAUGGUUGCCGGUGCGUACUUAUGCGAAGAAGAAACUGUCAGGGUGAGUUGCCAGCGUGUUCCAUAUUUUAAUCUAUCCCUGUGGCUUUUGUACCUCGAACUCCUGAUCUCAGUUUACCUGUUCUUGCUUCUUCCCCUUUUGCGAUUUCUACAUUUUAGUGGUCAACUCCGAGGGAAGUUUUUGUUAGAUUGAUCGUUUAUAUUAAACAUAUUUACGUAGAUUUGCAAUGUGGUUGUUUCCCGCUGAAUGUAAUUAACUAUUUCCUAGAACCUGACGAAUUGUUGGAUAUAUACUCAUUGUUUAAUGAAAAAAAUUGUGGCCAUACCCGAUUUCAGUCUGAUAUUUUAAUGUAUCUUAAAAAUAUCCUGAUGUUGAAAGAUUUUUUCUCCUGGUUUAAGAUGUUGGGAGAAAAAAAAUCCAGAAAGAAUGAAAUAAUGUGAAGCUGGCAUGGUAUUGAGAUAGUGAGAGUAAAUAAAUGAUGACCUUCUUGACAGGAUAUGAACAGAAUCCGGAGCUCAAACUGAAGAAAACGCCAACAAUCCGUUAUGACCGCAACCUUGUUCUCUGCUUGGCUUGCUCUGUUGUGGUUCAUCUCCUCACGCUGAUGCCUGUGGAACACUUGGAGCAUACUUUUUUUCUAUAAAUAUCCAUUCAUAUAUUCACUGGUAUACGUAUAAUUCCAAGAUUUGUUCGAUAUCGGCAGAAACCAUGCAAUGGUCAAACAGUCAACGAGGUGUUCUCGCCAUCAUCAUCAUCAUCAUCAUUCUCAUCUGGGUCGUAUUUUAUCUGGAUGCUGCAGUCCAUUUUAUCUCUUCUUAACUGCGGUCAGUGCCCUGCAGGUGGUGUGCACAGAAGGCCCCGACCGUGUGAAAGAGCUGAUUGACUUCGGUGCAUCAUUUGACCAUGGAAAUGAUGGGAAGCUGCAUCUGGCUAGAGAAGGAGGCCAUUCCCAUCACCGUAUCGUCCAUGCCGCUGAUAUGACGGGCAGAGAGAUAGAGCGAGCACUGCUUAAGGCCGUCAGCGACGAUCCAAACAUAUUUAUGUUUGGCCACCACUUCGCGAUUGAUCUGCUGACUUCUCAGGUUCUCAUUCCCACGGCCACCAUCCCCCCCGUCCCCUCUCCCCUUGCGCCGGAUUUAGAGAUUGUUUUGCUGUUGGAAUGCGUGAAGAGUCCCUUAAAAUGUGUCUGCUGCGGAUUUGCAGGAUGGCUCGGAAACAAGCUGCCACGGAGUAGAUACUCUGAACACUGAAACCUGCCAGGUUAGCUGAGGCCCUGGCUCUUCCCUGCUUGCUGGUUUUCCCACUUUUCAGCGAAAUGUCCUCGCGGUUAUAGUAUCAGCUGACGUUUCUUCAAUCAGGUGGUUCGUUUCAUCUCGAAGGUGACUCUUCUCGCGUCCGGAGGAGCAGGGCACAUCUACCCAUCAACAACCAACCCUCUGGUAGAGUUGCAGCCUCUCUCACAUUCUCUCUCUUUCCUAAUCGGCUUCUGCUCCUGUUUCCUGUGAUCCUUCCCGAGGUGUAGUCAUGGUUAGCUUGCUCUGUUUUCUUCUGAACGAACAGGUGGCUACUGGGGACGGGGUGGCCAUGGCGCACCGCGCCAAGGCCGUGAUCUCCAACAUGGAGUAAGAAGCAGGAACCUUUUCCCCUUUAGCAGAUGUAGGUAGCUGGGCAGAUGGGUGGGUCUUCCUCACCGAUCUUGCAUUGUCUCUGCAAACAGGUUCGUCCAGUUCCACCCGACGGCGCUGGCCGACGAGGGCCUGCCGGUGAAGCCGGCGACCAAGAGGGAGAACGCGUUCCUGAUCACGGAGGCGGUGAGAGGCGACGGUGGAAUCCUGUACAACCAGUCGAUGGAGCGGUUCAUGCCGGCGUACGACGAGCGCGCGGAGCUGGCGCCGAGGGACAUCGUGGCCCGCAGCAUCGACGACCAGCUCAAGCGCCGUGGCGAGCGCUACGUGCUGCUCGACAUCAGCCACCGGCCGAGGGAGAAGAUCCUCGCCCACUUCCCCAACAUAGCCGCCGAGUGCCUCCGUCACGGCCUCGACAUCACCAGCUCUCCCAUCCCCGUCGUGCCGGCCGCGCACUACAUGUGCGGCGGCGUGCGGUCGGGCCUGCACGGGGAGACCAACGUUCGGGGGCUCUUCGUCGCCGGCGAGGUGGCCUGCACGGGCCUGCACGGCGCCAACCGCCUCGCCAGCAACUCCCUCCUGGAGGCGCUGGUCUUCGCCCGCCGCGCGGUGCAGCCCUCUGUCGAAUACAAGGCGGGCGCCGGCGCCGGCGUGGACCUCGCCGCGGCGGGCGGCAUGUGGGAGCGCCCGGCCACGCCGGCGCCGCUCGGCGGCGACGUGGUGGGCGCCAUCGAGAGGCGGACGAGGGAGAUCCGGGCGGAGCUGCAGGCCGCCAUGUGGGAGUACGUGGGCAUCGUGCGGUCCACGGGGCGGCUCAAGGCCGCCGAGUGGAAGAUCGGGGAGCUGGAGAUGGAGUGGGAGACCUUCCUAUUCAGGAAGGGAUGGAAGCCGAACAUGGUGGCGCUGGAGGCCUGCGAGAUGAGGAACCUCUUCUGCUGCGCCAAGCUGGUGCUGAGCAGCGCCCUCAGCCGGCAGGAGAGCCGCGGCCUACACUUCACCGUCGACUUCCCAUUCGAGCUCAGCCGCCGGAUCCCCACCCUCAUCCUCCCCAGCUCCCCCUCCACCAAGCUCACCUGGAGCUCCCAGCAGCUCCACCGCCAGAUCCACCACCGCUGA